GAUGUACACUCUUUGAACGAUCUUCGUGCAGUGGCCAUGCAUGGACGAUCGUCAGCGUUCAAACCGAAUCCCGCGGACAGUGCCGAAGUGAUCGUUAAAGACAGCAGCAGCAACACGGCAGAUGAUGCUGUAGAAUCAGAAUCUGUUUCUUUUGUCCAAAGAUUAUCUGUUGCAUUGUGCGUGUGCGUAUUUGUGAAGAGUGUUUACGAUGGCGAAGCCGUUGAUUGUGCUAUUGUCGUUCAAUUUGAUGCUACUUAUCAGUAGCGUUGCUGGUGUCGCGAAAAGCGUCGGCGAUCGUGCGCGGAAACAGGAAACGGGUGAAGCGCUACUGUCCGACCAACUGUUCGCCAUCAUCGAUCUGUACAAGCAGGAGGAUCCGGUAGGGUUGCCCGGUGCGACCAUACCGGAUCCGAUGCCCAUCCCGGACAUCCGUCAAUCGGUUUCGAUCGCCACGAUCUACAUGACCAAAAUGGUGGUGUACGGUAUGUCGCGGUUCCGCAUCCGUUACUUCCACACCGAGCUGAACAGUAUGGCGGUGCAAUCGCAGAUCGAGAUCGAGAAUAUCGAGGUGAAGGGCAACUACACGAUGAAUGCGCUGUUCAACCGGGCCGAUGGUCCGUUCACCGUGAACAUGAAGAACGUGCUGACGAAGGCCAACGUGUCGUUGGCGGUCGACCGGGAGGGUCUGCUGCAUACGGACAACAUCGAGCUGGACAUCGCGUUCGAGGAAAUGGCAAUGGACUUCCAGAACCUCGGUUUCAUGGGCAGCAUCUUCCAGAGUGUGGUCAAUUCGGCCUCCAACCUGGUGUACGAUACGAUUAAGCCAUACAUGUUGUCCGAGGCGUACAAAAAGAUCCGCGAGGAGGUGGACGUCCGGAUCCGGAACCUCACGCUCGAGCAUGACUUCAUCCUGCCCAAUUCGAUCACCCCGCUGGACAUGGCGAUCGGUGAGAUGCGUGCCGUGGUGCGAAACAAGGGUCUCGAUCCGUUCCUGGUGCCUGACUACAACAAUACGGCCGGCAUCUUCGGUAUGCGAACCAUGCACACCUGGAUGAAGGGUGGCUCCAGCUUCUACCGGUACGGUGCCAUCUCGGUGACGAUGCAGAACAACACGGCCACGGUCGGGUUGCACGUUGCCACUCAACGCCUCACCGGUUCCACGCACUGGGAGGUAUCGGUCGGUCGGGGUCUCCUGUCGAGGGUAGGCCGGGCCCAGUUUACGGUCGAGUACAUCCGUGUGGCAAUCCAGAUCGGACAGCCGCUUGAUCUGCGCAAAAAGCUGCAACUGAAGGACAUCCAGCUGGAGUUGGGUAACAUUCAGGUGCGGUGUGAUGGUGCCGGUACAUUCGAUUACAUUGUUGAAGCGCUCGUCAAUGUGCUGCCGAAUCUGCUGCGCUACCAAAUCAUGGAUGCGAUCGAGAACCCGCUACGGAUGCGUAUCCAGGAGAAGCUGGACUGCAUUAACACGGAGUGGAUGGUGCGGAAGUACGCGACCGAGUUUGAGGAGCACGGUAUCGAUCUGGACCUGCAGGACUUUGAACUCUGCCACUCGUGAUCGGUUCUGUGGGGGUUGAUAGCUAUGAGGUACUUUUUUAUCCUAAUAAAAGAAGUCUAAACGAGCCAUACUUUCUCCUGUCCAUAUUGCAUGUUCAUGUU